AAAUGAGUCCUUUUAGUAUUCUUAAAGUUCAAAGGCGCAAUCAUUUAAUUCAAAACUCUUGCCUGAUAUUGAAGUGUUCAAUCAAAAGUUGUUGGAAAAAAUGGUUUAGGUGAUCCUCGUAAAAUUAAUUGACAUAUAGUAAUUAUGAAAAUGAAAAGAAUAUGUAUUCUACUGAUUUACUUUUGGACGUCCAUGGUGCACAGUCAAAAUGGAGAUUCAAACGAAAAACCGAUGGGCAGAAAAUUAUGUCCUCCGAUGGAAAACGUUCCUCAGCCUAUCAACCGGGUCAACACAUCUGCUAUCAUUCGCGAGUUGAGAUUGGAAAUGAAAAAAAAUGCAUUCCACGGACCUCCAAUCGAUGCGUACAUCGUACCUGAUACAGAUGAACAUCAAAAUGAAGAUGUUGCGGACCACGACAAGAGGCUUAAAUACUUGUCGGGAUUCAGUGGCACCGGUGGGGUGGCAGUGGUGACACAAACCAAAGCUGUUUUCUGGACCGUUUGGAUGUACUACAAACAGGCGGACGAAGAGUUGUCCUGCGACUGGCAGCUGUUUGUCUACGGGGAUUCGAAAAGGCUAGAUGAAUGGUUGCUCGACGAGUUUAAACCGAAUUCACGAGUGGGCGCCGACCUGAAACUCAUUUCGAACGGUGACUGGGAGUUCCUGUACAGGGCGCUGGCGAACGGGUCCAUAAUUUUGGUACCCAUCAACAACAACUUAAUAGACUUGAUAUGGGUGGACAAUCGACCUAGUUAUCCGACACGUGAAGCAUAUGUCUGGCCCCUGGAGUACGCUGGUAAAAAAUGGCAAGACAAGUUGGACGCGACCCGUGAGAAAUUCCAAGUGAUGGGGUUCGAUGCGAUGGUCGUCACGGCUCUGGACGAGAUCGCGUGGCUCUUGAACAUUCGCGGUCACGACAUACCUUACGGCCCGUUCCUCAAGUCGUACGUCAUCAUCAGCAAGGAUCAGUUGCAUUUAUACACCAAUCCCGCGAAACUCAGCCCGGACGUUCACAAACAUCUGCACACGGCGAAUUGUUUUUCAGCCCACUGCGCCAGGGUUCAUGAUUAUGAAGCUAUAUGGACCGACUUGAGGACAUUUUCGCAAGUGUGGAGAAAAGUGCUCGUACCGUCCGCCACAGAGUACAACAACGGUGCGAGUAGAUGUAUUUAUAUUUUGAUCAAUGCCGAAAAGAGAAAGCAAGCUCCUUCGCCUAUCAUGUACAUGAUGGCAGAAAAAAAUUCCGUGGAAAAGGAAGGAAUGCGACUUUCGCAUAUAAGAGAUUCCGCGGCAAUGUGUAAUAUUUUGGCCAAACUUAACGAACAAUUUAAAAACGGGCAGCAAUUAACCGAGCUUGCCGUAGCCAACAUGGUGGAUAAGUAUAGGGACGAACAAAAUUUCAGCCGAGGUGCAAGUUUCAAAUCCAUCGUGGGGUACGGUCCUAACGGGGCUAUACCUCAUUACACACCAUCUUCUGCAAGCAGCUUGAAACUCGACCACAUCAGCACAUUGGUAAUCGACAGUGGUGCUCAUUAUUGGGACGGUACUACGGACGUAACGAGGACUGUGCACUUCGGACAGCCGUCUGCCGAACAAAUCGAAGCGUACACGCGGGUGUUGAUGGCGUCAAUUGAUCUGGCAUCAUUUACGUUUCCACAAAGUUUGAAACUUAAUCAGAUCGACGUCAUUGCUAGAGCACCGCUCUGGGACUUCGGUUACGACUACAGACAUGGUACCAGCCACGGAAUCGGAGUGUUCCUUAAAGUCCAUGAACCACCUGUGAACAUGUACUAUGGGCAAAAAGCAAAUGACGUGGUACUCAAAGAAGGAUAUUUUAUAUCUGACGAACCUGGUUAUUAUAAAGAGAAUCAUUUUGGUGUACGUCUGGAAACAAUAUUAGAAGUUAUAACAAAGAAUGAAACGAUGGGCAAAUAUUUGACAUUUUCACCGAUUACACUAGUACCAUUCGAACCAAAGCUCAUCGACUACUAUAUGCUCAGUCCAAAACAAGUGCAGUGGCUAAACGCUUACAACGAUAAGAUCCGGAAGGAAGUGGGUGCCGAACUCCUCAAGAACAAUAAUAGCCGACUGGGCUACGAAUGGAUGUUGGAGCGAACAAUGCCGUUGUUAUCGGACGGACGCCGGAAUGAAGGCUGUACCAUGACCGCUAUUGCUUUAAUCGUUGUCACUGUUACCGUCAACUUUCUAUCCGUUUAGACACAAAAAUCCCCCACUAAGCUUGUAAUAUUAUCAUUAUCAUUAUUAUUUUAAAACCUAUUAGGAAAACCGUUGCGAAUAAAUGUAUAUAAUAAGCCUUUAAACAUAUAAAAAAAAAAAAAAAAACCAUAAAAAACAGAUCUAGCACACUCGGUCAUACGUAUUUUAAUAAAUAUAAUCAUACAUAAUAAAUAGACAAG